AUGUCGUACCUUCCAUCAAGUUUCGACUCCGAUGCAGAUGAUUUGGAUGAGAUGCCAUUUCUGGAUAAAAUGAUUUACCAUUGUAAGCAACAGCCAUUAGUUCCUCUUGGGACUCUAGCUACCACUGGUGCAGUUUUGUUGGCUGUGCUUAAUGUGAAGAACGGUAACAAGCGGAAAGCUCAGAUCUGGUUCCGUUGGCGUGUAGCCCUUCAAGGGUUUACACUUAUCGCCCUUGUAGCAGGUUCUUAUAUCUACGGUACAAAUAAAAACGAAAGAGAAUCUCAUGAGGAACAACUAAGGAAGAAGGCCAAGAUGAGAGAGCAGUUAUGGAUCCAAGAGUUGGAGAGAAGAGAUGAAGAGACUAAGUUGAGGAGACAAAAAGCUGAACUUGCCAGACAAAAAGCUAAAGAAAUGGAACAAGAGACCUCCAAACUGCAACAAGAAUUGAAAGACCUUGAGGAAAGAUUAAAGAAAUAG